AACUCCCCCUUUUAGUCGAUGCAUCUCACGAACGGAGCAGAGAGGAGCAGCAGCAGCUGUUGCUAAUUGUUGCGUCUCCGUACGUAAUCCCGUCCUCGUGCAAGCGAGGUUUAGUAACGCAGCGGCCAAGUUAGGAGUUCUCUUCGGGGCUCUCUCCUCGACCGCGCUCACGAGUUCCGUCUGGGACCCGAGCUCUCUCAAAAUCAGGAGCCAAUUCCCAUCUCUUGGGAUUUUGUUAACCAGUGAAGCAGUAUUUUCGGGCACCAUGGGGCUUCACUCGCUAUGCGCCAUGGGCUGCCAGACCCCUUCAUCUUCGGUUCUCGCUCCGUCAUCGUCUCUCGUCCAUUCGUCGCUACCCAGUUCCUCUCGCCCUUCUCGUUCCUCUGGCUCCUCUCGUCAAGUCAAUUCUCACCGCACCUCGUCCGCGAUUCCCUCCUCCCAUGCCACUUCCUCCGCGUUUCACGGCGAGUUUCACGGCCUGCACCAUCACCAGCUCUCGCGCAACCCCUCCGCCUUCUCCCUCUCGCACGCGAAGGCCUUCGACGAAGCUUCUGACCGUCAAAUCAAGUUUCCAGCUCACUCCGCAGGACGCGAACGCGACGGCGGCUAUGGCGGCGGCGGUUGCGGCAAGCGCGCGGUGGUGACAGCUGUCUUCGAGCGAUUCACGGAGCGCGCGAUUAAAGCCGUCAUGCUGGCGCAGGCGGAAGCUAAGGCUAUCGGGCGGAAAGAGGUCGCGACGGAGCAGCUCCUAUUGGGUCUUAUCGCGGAGGAUUUCGCGAGCGCCGGAAAGCCCGGCGGGUAUCUCGGCUCGGGAAUGACUAUCAGCAGCGCAAGAGAUGCCGUCCGCGCAAUGAUUAGGGACGGCCGGCUGCCUGCCGCGGUUGGUCUGCCGGCUGGCAAGCCGGCUUCCGAGGUGCCGUUUUCGGCCGGCAGCAAGCGGGUGUUUGAAAAAGCGCUGGAAGAGUCGCGGAAGCAUCGCCAUAACUUCAUCGCGCCGGAGCAUCUGGCGGUGGCGCUGGUGCAGGUUGAACACGAGGGGGCGCAGCUGGUGAUCGAGAGCCUGGGAGCGAGCAAGCAUCGGCUGCAGCAGGCAGCGCUGGCGCGGCUCAAGGGCGAGCUCGAUAAAGACGGCCGCUCGUCUGAGUCGCUCUCCAACCCCUCCUCGGCCUGCCAGCAGCAGCAGCGCUCAGCCUAAGGCAGUCAGCCAGGCAGCGAACAAGGGGCGCGGAAAGAAAGCCCAGCAGAGCGCUUUGGAGCAGUUCUGCACGGACCUAACAGCCAGGGCGGUGAAGGGGGAGAUUGACCCUGUGAUUGGAAGAGAGGAGGAGGUGGCUAGGGUGGUGCAG